AAACAGAUCACUUUGUAAUUCAAUCGCAUCGUCAUAGAUUACUUUGUUCGGGAGGUUUUAAAAAUGUACUAAUUAUUCUGUUGCACACACCGCAUCAUUGUGACUCAACAGACGCGUAUGUGAACUGAUCUGAUCAUCAAGCGCCUGGAUUUACUGCGGCUGCCGGUGGUCCGGUAGUCUCCGUACAUCCACAGAGCUUUAUUUUUCUAUUUAUUUCUGUCGAUCGCACCCCUCCCCCAUCCCACGCUCACUCACUCUCCGUCACUCGCCCUCGCCGUUUCUGUUGUGGUACAGAAAAGCAGGAGAAGUACCGCCGUGGCAGCGCGAUACGGGAGGAGACCGGAGCUGAAGUUGACACAGCCUUUGGAAAUCCGCACCGGUGAUGCACAGAAGACUGACACCGAUAAAGAAUCGGGCAUUAACUGUAUCUCAUCUCUGGCAGCAGCAACCUGUGUUUGCGCUGUUGCUUUUUUAAAACGCCGCUCUUCGUUUUGGAGAAUGCGACUACAGAGUCGCAACUUUUGUGGAUACCCGCGAGAUAUCUGGAGCGUCGUUUGAAGAUCAGACAUUGGGAUUCAAAAAUAAAAUAAAAUAAAUAAAGUGGGUUUUCCCGGGAAGCGCACGGAGAUGAAGUCGGCGGGGGUUGGAGAGGGUGGCCUGUUUACAGAAAGCUACUGCAACAUCUGCAAUGCCCAGCUGAUCUCCGAGUCCCAGCGCAUCGCGCACUACGAGAGCAAGAAGCAUGCCAACAAGGUACGUCUCUUCUACAUGCUGCACCCUGAGGACGGGGGGCCCCCCUCCAAGAGACUGAGGCCAGACAACCCGGACAGCGCUGAGACAGAAGUUGACCGGAAUAAAUGUUGCACUCUCUGCAACAUGUUCUUUACGUCGGCCAUAGUGGCACAGUCCCACUAUCAGGGCAAGACACACGCCAAGAGGGUCCGCCUAGUGCUGGGGGAGCCCCCCAACGUGCCCCCUCCCACAGACUCCGCCCCCAGCACGCCGCACGCCGUCGACCUGCCUCUACAGCUGCCGCUGCCGCUGCCCCCCCCUCCCCCGCCCCCCCCGCCGCUGCCUCCCAUGUGGCUGCCGCUGGCCAACGGCGAGGCGGGCAAGUUCUGCUGCCUGUGCGGCGCCUGGUUCAACAACCCGCUGAUGGCGCGACAGCACUACGAGGGCAAGAAGCACAAGAGGAACGCGGCGCGGGCGCGGCUGCUGGAGCAGCUGGCUGGCUGCCUGGACGCCACGGAAACCGCAGGUUUGCGUAGCAGCUAUUCCUGCAACGUGUGCAACGUGAUCCUGAACUCCAUCGAGCAGUACCACGCACACCUCCGGGGCUCCAAGCACCAGAAUAACUUGAAGCAGCAUCAAAAGUGAGGAUCCAUCAUCUCAUCAAGGGAUGUCCCCCCCCCCCCCCAAAGGAAAUAGCACAGAUCCCUGGGCCGGGGGACCUGCUGGACUUGUAUGGACACACACUUCCUUUAUGAUGUCAUAGUCGAGGCUCACGCCCCUGGACUUCAUCCCAAGGGUUUGAUCCCUCGCAAUCAAAACCACGACCAGCCAACAACACGGACAGCAAAACAUGGACUUGUGUGCUAGAGAUACAGGUGACCGCUUAUAAGCCUCUAGAGUCAAUGAUUACAUAUAUACUAGCUGAACUUGGGGAUAAGAUCAACAGUGAUAACUGAUGAUAGCUACGCUUAGUAGGGGAAGACUGCAAACUUUGACCUGAAAAGUGCCGGUCCCCAAAAAGAAAGAUGUUACACUCUGGGUGGUUGGCCAACCUUCACAUCGCCCAUGAUCUCAGCAGUCCAGUUGACUGUGGUCGGAAUGCUGGCCUGGAAUCCUGGACACCUAGAGUCACAUGAUCAUGUAACAGAUCAUGUGACACUUUGCUGGUUUACUGAACUACUAGGAGAAAUAAUUGAAUUGAUGUACUCAUUCUGAUAUGUUAGAGAUUUUUUAGAAAAAAAAAAACAAAUGAUGUCAUGCAUAGUAUGUACUUUAAACUUAAUUUUGUGCAGGGAUGCAUCACAUAGGUGAAAAGAUAUAUAUAUAUAGAUAUAUAUAGAUAUAUAUAUAUAAUAAGAGAUUAUGUUGAUAUCUACUAUUCUGCACCACAUUGUUUCAGGAUUGUAUGAGUUGCACUGCAUUAAAUUCCACUGUAAAAGAA